AUGUCAUUUCUACUACCGUGCUUCCCAUCCUCAUUACCACUUGUUCUCCCAGGCCACCCAAAGAUUCAGAUUCCCAACAUGGUAUCCCGUCUCACUCAAUCAUUCUCAUUUCACUCCUCACCCGAGUCUUUCAUCUCGUCUCGACUCGAGCAGCUUUCACUGUCCAACGUCGACGCGCUACCCGCUGCCAACAAGAUCGUCCGAGCACAGAUUCUGGACCGUGAAGUGCACAUCAUAUCCGGCUAUCAAGCGUGCAAAGCCAUCUUAUGUCAUCAAUCUGCAACUACUCAGACCGAAUUUGAAAUAACAGGAUGUGGAAUUGAAUACGCAGACGAGUACGCGGGCGAGACUAGGAACGACCGCCUUCCUACGCAACAUCACCACAAAUGUCUGGUUCGAGCGAAACACCCUGCAGACACUCACGAUGGCACCGCUCAAUUUGCGGCACGAGCGGCUUACCGACAGUUCAUGAGCGAUUUCUUCCCCGGCCCUAACCUCCUGCUGGAGGAUGGACUGGCCCACAUGCAUCACAAAGCCGAAUGGCGAAGCAGACUGCACCACUUGCCGCAGACCUCGGUGCCUUUGAUUCGCCAGAUCACGCGGACUCGGUUCAUCUACCAAUUUGCAACUGGGCAAGAUGCACAGAAUACUAGUAUUGAUCUAUACGGAACCCUCAAGGCCCUGGCGUGGGACAUACUUUUCGGAGUCUUCCUGUCCGUCGACCGGGCAGACGAUGAUUCCAAAUUCAGGCAACUCGAAGACCUGCAGGAGUCCCUCCUACGAGGCCAAUUCUCCACAUUUCCAGUCAGCAUUUCGACGCCAUUCUGGUCAUCGACUCGAAGUCGAGGUGUCAAGGCGGUCAAGGAACUGGAGAAGGUCCUUGGCAUGAUGGCGAGAGACAUGAUGGCUGCGACUCAAGAAGAAGGUGAAGAAGAGACAUCCAGUGCUUGUCCGUUUUCGGAACUGUACCGUAAGACAGGAGCUUCCGAAGGCGGACACCCAAGCGUCGACGAUGUAGUCUCUCAUCUCCGCCUAUUCACCAGCAGCUUAGCCAAUAAAGCCCUCGCUUCGCUCCUGACGGCAUUCCUCUUGAAUUUGUUCAUAUGGCGACCUUCGACACCAAGUGAAUUAACCUCAUCUGGAAGCGCACCUGGUACGAGCGCCAGCCUCGCCGGCCUGAUUCGCUCAUAUCCUGAGCUUCAAAGACGGAGUGUCAUGCUGGAAACAGUUUUGGCCGAGACUGAACGUCUAAGUCCACCGGUAGUGGGUGUGAUGCGCAGAGUCCAACGCGACACACUCAUAUCAUCUACGGAAUCUGGGGGAGCUGAUGCAUAUCCCAUUCCUGCAGGCCACGACGCCUGGCUCUACCUCUCUGGGGCUAAUCGCGAUCCGGACACGUAUGAUCGGCCUGGAGAAUUUGUCUGGGAUAGAUUUCUGGCUCACUAUUCUUCCACUGUUAAGGAAGCGGAUUCAGCCCGCCCUGACAUCGACUCACAACUCCCACUUCCAUUCGCCUUUGGAGAUGGAGUCAAGUCCUGCCUUGGCGCGGCCUUUUCAAGAAAGGUAUGUCUGACCGUGGCAGAGACGCUGAUCGAUGACGGAGUCGAGAUCACUGGCGGCGUUAACGAUGGCGGAGUUUUUGCGUGGCUGGGUUGGCAACGCCAGAUGAGCCGUGAAGAGGAAGUGCAGAUGAUGGCGAGGGAUCUGAAGCAGUUGCCCACACAGAGACCACGGAGGGCAGUCAAAGUAGAAGUCUCGCGCAAUAUUAGGUAG